GGACAUUUUGCGAUUUUGUGCUGCUAUCAUCCAUGGAUAGUAUCCAUAUGCCCUUGUCGGUCCUUCACGCAGCAUGACAGCCCAGAUUCUGGCGGCGGAACUAGGGAAUCUGAUCUCGGAUUCGAAGCGCAAGAACACGGAGCUUCGAACGGCUGCAGAGAAAGCCUUGCAGGAUCUCAAGUCGUUGUCUAAUACAUCUGAGGCUCAACUUUCUGCAGACCUUUCGAGACGACCACAAUUCUGUUCUCCAUUUUUGAUUGCCUGUAGCACUCAAAAUGCAAAAUUCACAUCGACUGCUGUCUCAUGUUUGCAGCGGUUGAGCGUCUCUCGAGCGUUGCCCAGAGAACGGCUAUCCGAGGUCCUUGAAGCCUUCAGGCAGUCUGCAACAUCAAGUCAUGAUGUCCAGUUGAAAAUAUUGCAGGCGUUGCCGUCUUUACUGCAGAACUAUCCAUCUGAGAUACGCGGAGAACUUCUGUCCACUGUGCUGCAGAUAUGUUCAGGCUUGCAGAACAUCAAGAAUCCUGCCGUCAGCAAUACCGCGGCUGCUACUCUGCAACAGCUUGUCAUAGCGAUAUUUGACAGGGUCACAGCAGAAGAUGGCAGGGCUCUCGAGAUCCCAACAGUCACUGACGUCAAAGGAGACGAUGGCUUUGUUCCUGUCAGACCAGCGGCAAAUGAUGCAUACAAGGUGUUUAACGACCUCAAUCUUCUCGUGACAGGGGAAAAGCCAGCGUUCAUCCGCUUUUCAGCAAUUCCACCUGCCUCGAUACUUGAGCUGAUCGAAGCAGUUCUAUCGAACUACGGUCAGAUCAUGGUCGAGCAUCCAGAGCAGGUUUACAUACUACGAAACCUUCUGAUGCCUCUUAUCAUACGAUCGCUUUCAGAUCGCCUGUCAUUUCCGAUCAUCGUACGCGUCAUUCGGAUCUUGAACCUCAUCAUUCGCAACCACUUGACGAUCCUUCCGUCCGAGUGUGAAAUCGCACUUGGGCUUCUCAAUCAUAUGCUUGAUCCACAAGCAUCGCAACUAUGGAAGCGAGCCCUCUGCCUCGAGGUCUUCCGUGGUAUCUAUGCUGACUCACGACUUCUACUGGCCAUCUACCAUCAGUUUGAUGCACAAGACGGAAAGAAGAAGAUCUUCGGCGACAACCUAGCAUCCUUCGUUCGACUAGCAACCGAGAAGCCUGCGCUGAUUGGUCUUGGUCAGCAAUCUACCGCUCCCGCGAGCUUCGCUGAUGACAGUCUGGCGGGGUCUGAUCAGGCAGCGGCCGCAGCAGGUGCAAUGGCGGGUGAUAUUGGCGGGCCCAUCAGCGAUCGCAGCAGCAAUAGUCGCCCGUCUGGGAUCAGUACGCAGUGGAGCUCCAUGAAGACGCCGUGUAUCGACCAUCUGGACAAGUCAGAUCCACCAGCUUUACCUGAGACGUAUAUCUACAGUCUCGUUCUGACUUGCAUCACCAAUAUCAGCGAGAGCCUGGCAAGAUUCGUGCUACCUCUGACAGUACAUCAUGACAGCAAGAGCCGGAGAAAGACCAAGACAGAUGAUCCAGCUGCUCUAGACGGAGAAGAGGCACCUCCAAAUGAAGGCGGACGCCGACUUUCGAGGACACAAUCGUUCCGCAAGAAAACCAUACCAGUCAACCCGCUGGGCCUCACCGACCAUCCUGCAUACGCAUACAUACAAACGUCGUUGAUGCUUGUUACCGAGUGUUGGCCCGCGAUUUUAGCGACCUGCUCGACGUUUCUUAAUGCCUCACUAGACGUAGACUACUAUCGUGCCUUGGUACGAGCGAUCCAAAAGUUCACUCAGGUUGCAGGUCUUCUCAGAAUGGCAACACCUCGCGAUGCAUUUCUUACCACUAUGGGUAAAGCAGCUGUUCCCUCCAACCUGCUGCUCGCGAACGUGGCUUCUCCCAAGACAGCCACAGCAGAUUACACUGGCAUGUUCAACAACGCGAAAGGCUUGCUGAGUGUCGACAGCCAUGUAAGCCAGGCAUCCUUGGCCUCCGCAGAUCACAGUCGACGCCCUUCGCACGACAUCCAGAUGCCCUCGUUAGGACCUCGCAACUUAUUAUGUUUACGAGCACUCCUCAACCUUGCAAUUGCGCUGGGACCAACUCUCCAGUCUGCAUGGUCAAUUGUGUUCGAGACGCUACAGGUUGCUGACCUUGUGCUGUCGCUGUCAAAUCAAAGUGGCAAUCGAAGCUCGACGCAUUACGCUGAAGCGGAGGGUGCUGCAGAAAAAAUGGAGGCGGAGACAUCAGCAGUGCAAGCGGCAGCCCGCAGACUCUUCGAAAGUACCGUGGACUUCCCGAACGACUCUUUCACAGAAGUUUUACAAGCGCUCUGUGCUCUGCUCAGUGACCCUUCUUCAACUGAGAGCGGUCAGAUGACCCCAACAAAUGCCGGUCGACCGCAAAUUCUUCACCAGCGAAGACUAGGGAGCGUUUCCAGGAUCACUUUGAACACCGAUACCAACUCUCGCGAUGCAGCAUUUGCGUUGAACAAAAUCGGCGAACUCGCUGCUCUGAACGAGGCCAGGCUGUCACAGUAUGAUCCCUCGGAGAGUGGCUGGGACACAUUUGUCCAUGAGGUUGUUCGUUUCUCCGCGGAUGAUCGUAAGGCACCAGCGUCGAGAUUGCUUGCAGCUGAUAUCCUAUCGCGGACCAUCCGAGAAAUCGCAGAGAUCUCCAUGUACGAUGAGCAACGCGAACAGAUUCAAGCACGUAUUUUGGCUACCCUGCAGAGACAGGUUGCCGUUCUACGUCUCAAUGAUGUGAAGGUAAAGGACAGUUACAGCGACACUGACGUCCGUGUUCAUCAGAUAGCUCUCGAUGCGUUGAAAAACGUAAUCGAGCAAUGUGGCGAGUCACUCGUUGCGGGGUGGGUUUCGGUCCUCGACAGCCUGCUCAGUGUGUUCCUGUCGAACGAUGAGCCAGUUGAGGGCGGAACUCUGAGUGAGUCAAAGGUUCGGAAGCACGAGUCGAAGACCAUCCGCGUCAUCUCAAGAUCACUGGCUCGAUCCGCGUUCGCAACAGUACAACUCAUCUGUUCCGACUUCUUGGCGUCUGUCCCCGAUGCCUGCCUCUCAACGCUUUUGGAGCUCCUCCUCAACUUCUGUGGGCAGCAAGAUGACCUCAACAUGUCUCUGACUGCCAUAACGUUUUUCUGGAACGUCUCAGACUUCCUGCAGUCACGCAGCGACAUCGCCUCACUCCCGAUUAUCAUUGGAGACGCUCGAACAUCGCAGGAGAUCCGCACUCUGGUCAAGUCAAGCUCAGAAGGUGGCAAUACGCCUGCAUUGUGGCUUCAGGUGUUACUCAACCUAUCCACAACUACUACAGAUAAGCGCGCUGAAGUACGGAACUCGGCAGUACAAACGAUCCAACGUAUCUUCGAGAAUUAUACCGAUCAUCUAUUAACCGAUGCAUGGAUGCUGUGCCUUCGCGCAGUACUGUUCGAAGCAGUUGAGGCAAACCUUGCUUCUCAAAAAAGCGUCCGACAUGGCUCACGCAACCCGGCCGACACCAUCGAAAGCUGGAACGAAACUACCAAGACCGUGCUACAGAGCGUCAGUACCCUCACUACAAUGCGCCUACAGAAGGUUGACGAUACUUCUACAUUCGGUGCAGCUUGGUCAGACCUCCUGGGCUGCUUACAACAAUACUUUGCUUUUGGCUCGCAUGCUUUAGGAUCCUACGUAUUCGCGACCAUUACUAAUGUGUUAUCGCAUCUGGCCAACGCGCAAAUGCUGGGCGAGUCAUCUUUGCGCAAGACAGUGAUAGUCUGGACAAGCUAUCUAGACUCCCACAAUACGUGGGGAACAAAUCCUGGGGAUAACCAGGAGGCAUUCGUAGCCUAUGCGGACGCGUUCAAAGCGAUUUAUAGAUUGGCGGGUCAGAGUAUCGACUCCGACCUUCCCUCCAUGUUGUCCCAUUUGGAAACCUGCAUCGUCGAAUCCGAUGCUAUUGCAUAUUCGACAGACGUUGAUACCAUGACUCCUCUUCAGAUUAGCAUCUUAGAGUGUCUAUCAAUGGUCGACACUACAGCAUCUAGCCUUCCACCAUACAUGAUUAGGUUGCUGGGCCGCUUCAGCGUGCUACCAUAUACGUCAGUCGCACAGCAUCCCGAGAAACAAGGCCCGACCUUCGUCGCGCUGUCCAAGGCCUCGAUGACCAUGCUGCAAGAAGUAACUGUCAAGCAUAUUGCGCAUAAGCAGAUCUAUACGGAUGGUGCUUUCAACACCGCCUUGACACAGCUUGUGCAACCAAUUAAAGAGAAGUACGCAUGGCAGAAGGAAGGAAAACCUCCAACAAUCUGGCAGAAAGCUACGACCACUGCCAUAGCUAUAUUGCAAGCGGGUCUCCCACAGCUACAAGCCCAUGGUAUUACUGGCGAACCGCUCAACAACAUCUGGGCCACGGUCGUCGAUGUUUGUCACUACAUCACGCGAGCCCAACACCUUGACCAAGAAAAGCCUCCAGCGUCUCUGGAGAAGGACGAAGAUUUCGACAUUCGAUCGUUUACAGAACUACGCGACCUAAUUACUGCACCUCUAAAUUCUGUAUCACUACCCGAUAGCCUCCGCAGAACCUACACGCGCAACCUCUUCUCCGUCUCCCUCAUCCACCCACCCUUGCAAGGCGAACUCCCAGAGCUUACAACAUCACCGCUCGACGGUCUCUACAAGACUAGACUCGGCCAGACUGCCGUCCUACCAGCCACCCUUCGGUCGAAAAUGAGCUACACUUGCACAUCCGAGCUCUUCUCGCUCGUCACUGCCCGCUCCACCAAUGCCUCACACAUCAAGCUCGCCCAAGCCGCAGCCCCUUACCUCAUCCUGCGCGCCGCCGUGCCGCUCAAGACAUACAUUGCCGACCACCCCUUGCGAGGCCGCAUGUCGACUCCCGACUCGCAGCGGCGCGAACUGCUGCUUGUCCUCAGCAAGCUGGAAGAUUUGGAAAGCGAACCGCAAGCUAUUCCUGAUGCCCCGGGAGUGAAAAGCAGGCAUAGAAAACAUUUGCAUAGGCUGUAUCCGCUGCUUGUGAAGGCUUUGAAGGUUUCGGGACAGGAUAGGGAGGUUUUUGAAAAGUUGAUUAGGUUGACGGAGAGGGUUGGUGAGGAGUUUGGGAUGGAUGAUGAGUGAGUGAUUGAGUUGGUGGAGGGGUUAGGUUGAAUGGGUGCGAGAUAGGCAUGUACAGUAUUGGGUGAUGUUGGUGAAAUGAAAUUUUUUGUUGCAGGUUGCGUG